UAAAAGUAUUAAACGGCGUCUGGAAAAGACAUUAAUGAUUUGAUUGAAGACCUACCCUCUUCUCUCGCUCGUCUAUCAUGCGCAUCCCUCAAUUAUUUUUCUAAUUAAACGGCGCACACCCUCCCUCUCUGACAUUCCUCCGCUUAAUUCUCUCAGUUUUGCAGGUUUUGAAUUUGAUUUAGCAUUUAUCAAAACUGUGCCGUAAACAACGCUGGUUGGUCAUUGGUGUGUCAUUCAGUUAUGAAUUGUUUCUCUUUCAUAACCGGGAGGAGGGCGGAUUCAUCAAAAAAACUAGCUGCUGACUUUGAUGAUGAGUUUUCAGGCCUCAACGAUGUUAAACUGUACACAUACAAGGAGGUUCGAAUAGCCACUGAUGAUUUUAGUCCUGCCCGUAAAAUUGGGGUGGGUGGUUUUGGUUGUGUCUAUAAGGGAAUGCUUAAAAACGGAAAGAUUGCUGCUAUAAAGGUUCUUUCAGCUGAAUCAAGACAAGGAGUACGGGAGUUCUUGACAGAGAUCAAAGUAAUUUCAAAUAUAGAGCAUGAGAACUUAGUUAAACUAUAUGGCUGCUGCGCGGAAGAAAAUCAUAGAAUUUUGGUGUACAACUACCUUGAGAAUAACAGCCUCGCGCAAGCACUUCUUGGUGAAGCCCACACUGGAAUCCAUCUGAGUUGGCGUACACGGACUAGAAUUUGCAUUGGUGUUGCACGUGGGCUUGCCUUUCUUCAUCAGGAUGUGCGACCCCAUAUUAUUCACCGAGAUAUCAAAGCCAGCAAUAUUCUCCUUGACAAAGACUUGACACCCAAAAUUUCAGAUUUUGGUCUUGCAAAGCUUAUCCCAGACAACAUGACUCAUAUUAGUACUCGUGUGGCGGGAACAAUAGGUUAUUUGGCACCAGAGUAUGCAAUGAGAGGGCAGUUGACACGGAAAGCAGAUAUUUACAGUUUUGGUGUUCUUCUUGUGGAGAUAGUCAGUGGGAGAUGCAACACAAAUAGUCGAUUACCUAUUGAAGAACAAUAUCUUAUUGAACUGACAUGGGAGCUUCAUGAGCGAAGGGAAUUGUUGGUGCUGGUAGACGCUGCAUUGAACGGGGAUUUUGAUGCUGAAGAGGCCUGCAGAUUCUUGAAAAUUGGUCUCCUCUGCACCCAAGACAGUCCAAAGCUUCGGCCAUCCAUGUCAACUGUGGUGAAGAUGCUAACCGGUGAGAAGGAAGUCGAUGACAACACAAUAACAAAGCCAGGCCUAAUCUCUGAUCUCAUGGACCUCAAAGUUAGAAGCACCCCUAAAGAUUACCCAGAAAUAUUAAACAACAAUAUUUCUAAUAAUGUAUCUCCUGGCUCUGACAACCAAGACAAUUCAACCUUGUCAUCAGGAACCUCAACCUGUGCAACCUUUACCUUUACUGCCAUCUGCGACCAGACCAUUUGAAAUGAUUCAAAUGAGAGAGAGAGAGAGAGAGAAAAUAUAAAUUUAUUUAUAACUUUUUAGAUUUGUGAGGCUUGUUAGCUAUUUUAGCAUAAAUUUUGCUCACUUCAUAGUUUAGUAAAUGUAAAAUGUGCAUAGUUUCAACUUGAAAGAAAAUCUGUGUUAUGGGUUUGAACUUUGAACUCUCCUCCAAUUACCUUUUCACUGGUUUUCAUUUAUUUUU